GCUUGCCAUUGGUCCAAAAUAACGACUUCUUAAUCCAAAACAAUUGGAGACAAAACGGAGAGCCAAAUGGCACAGCCAUUAUCACAGCUCAGCUGAAAGUGAAAACUAUUACUGAAAAGCUCCUAACUGUCGUUCGCCGUCGCGCACAACCUCCUCAAACGCCGCAGCUUCCGUCGGUCAAUGACUUCGUCUCUAGGCAACACCGCCUCUUCUCGAAUCUCAGCAUCUUCCUCCCCCGGAGUUCGACUUUCUCUCCAUCCCCCCUCCUCUUUUUCUCUCCUUUCUUUCUCUUCCUCUUUUAAGCCCUUCGCUUUCUCUCCUCUAUCUUCUCAUUUCUCUCCCCACCAGAGGAGAUCGGCAGUUAAUGUGUCGAGUAGCAGAGGAUUCGGCACAGUUGCAAGUCCGAAAUGUGCAGCUUCGAAUCCUGAUCAGUUGAAGAGUGCUAGAGAAGAUCUCAAGCAACUUCUCAACUCUCAGUUCUGCCAUCCUAUUCUGGUUCGCCUAGGAUGGCAUGAUGCUGGUACCUACAACAAGAACAUUGAGGAAUGGCCACAAAGGGGUGGAGCGAAUGGAAGUCUUAGGUUUGAAGUAGAGCUAAAACAUGCCGCCAAUGCUGGCCUAGUGAAUGCAUUGAGUCUUAUUCAGCCUAUCAAGGACAAGUACUCUGAUGUAACUUUCGCUGAUUUGUUCCAGUUGGCUAGUGCUACUGCUAUUGAGGAGGCUGGAGGACCCAAAAUUCCCAUGAAAUAUGGAAGGGUGGAUGUCUCCGGUCCUAAUGAGUGUCCUGAGGAGGGCAGGCUACCUGAUGCUGGACCACCUUCACCUGCUGAUCAUCUACGAGAGGUUUUCUACCGAAUGGGAUUAAAUGACAAGGAAAUUGUUGCAUUAUCUGGUGCACACACUCUUGGGAGGUCCAGACCAGAACGUAGCGGUUGGGGUAAACCAGAAACCAAGUAUACGAAAGAUGGGCCAGGAACACCAGGAGGACAGUCUUGGACAGUGCAAUGGUUGAAGUUUGACAAUUCAUACUUCAAGGACAUUAAAGCAAAAAGGGAUGAAGAUUUGCUUGUGUUGCCAACUGAUGCUGUUCUUUUUGAAGAUCCCUCUUUCAAGGUAUAUGCUGAGAAAUACGCUGAAGAUCAAGAGACAUUAUUCAAGGAUUAUGCAGAGGCACAUACCAAACUUAGCAACCUUGGGGCCAAAUUUGAUCCUCCAGAGGGUAUUGUGUUAGAUGAUACUCCAGUACAAGCUGUACCGGAGAAGUUUGUAGCUGCCAAGUACUCAACAGGAAAGAGAGAGCUGUCAGAUUCCAUGAAGCAGAAGAUUCGAGCAGAAUAUGAAUCAUUUGGGGGAGGCCCAGAUAAGGCUCUACCAACCAACUAUUUUCUAAAUAUCAUAAUUAUUAUUGGUGUGUUGGCCAUUUUGACAUCUCUUCUGGGUAAUUAUUGAUUAUUUUAACUUUCCCCAUUUUUGCUCUUUUGGUUAAAUGUCAAGGUCCUUUUCCUCCCUGGAAAGAGAAUCCAACCCAGUGAAUUAUGUUAUGACAUGAGUCCUUUUUUGGGACUGUCGUGUUUUGUAUUUUAUUCUCUGUCCGUUGCUUAAAUUAAAUAUAUACACAACACAAGAUUGUCGUAA